AUGUUUUGUUCAUGGGGAGCAGAAGAAUAUGGACUCAUUGGAUCAAUGGAAUAUGUUCAGGAAUAUGUUAAAGUAUUGGGUGCACGAAUUGUUUCAUAUUUGAACGUAGAUAGUGCAGUACAAGUCAAAACUGCUCCAAUGUUGUUUGAUAUUAUUGUUGAAGCAUCCAAAAUGGUUCCAAGUGCCUACGAUGCUCCUGGACAAACUGUCUAUGAUAAAUGGAUGCGUGUUAAUCGAAAUAAUAUAACUGAUGAACCAAAAUUAACAUACGAUCGUGGAUCAGGUAGUGACUACUUUAGUUUUGAUCAAUUGGUUGGCUCAUCAAAUAUGGAUGCAAGAUAUACCUACAAUUCAGCUGAGCAAAGAAAUAUAGCGUCACAUCCACUUUAUCACACAUCUUAUGAAGUCUUUUCAAUGAUGAAAAAAUUUGUUGAUCCCGAUUUUACAGCUCAUAGAACAAUGGGACAAUUUAUAGGUGUUCUAGUAUUACUUCUAUCUGAGACACCUGUUUUACAAUUUAAUGUAACACGAUAUACAACAGCACUUAUGCAAGCUAUGAACAAUCUUAAACCAAAUGAUCCUACUGUUCUCGAUCCUCUUCGAAAUGCCAUCAAUGAUUUUGGUAAGACUGCUGAAGAUUUUGUUGCACGAUCGAAAUUAAUGGAUAGAGAAAAUCCAUACGAAAUUCGAUUUUAUAAUGAUCAAUUGUUACAACUUGAACGUUCAUUUCUAAAUCCAUUAGGUCAAGGUGGUGAUUAUACUGAUUUUAAACAUAUUGUCUUUGCACCAUCUAAAGAUAAUCAAUAUGCAGCAAGUGGUUUUCCUACUAUCAGUGAUGCUAUUUUUAAUAAUAAUCAAACAGAAAUCGAAUAUCAAGUAGCUAUAGCGACUUAUUUUGUACGUGGUGCUUUAUCUAUAUUAAAAGACUUUAAUAAUUUUUUUUCAUAA